AUGCACCACCAGGCCAUGGCUCAGGACAAACCAUACGCUCUCAUCUCUGAAGUGAGCGAAGAGGGUUACAUCCAAGAAGCUGUUGACGUCAUAAAACCACAUUUCCAGAUUAUCACUCACCAAGAAUUUCUCCAAGACCCGGAUUGUCUCAGCUCCAGGAUACAGGCGCUGUUUCUGUGGGACAAUAAACCUGCCCUUGAGCCGUCGCUGCUGCGCUCACUACCUGCCUUAAAGGUGAUCGCCAAUGGAGGAGUGGGCAUUGACCAUUUGGACGUUCCUCACCUUAACAGUUUGGGCGUGAGGGUCAGUAAUACUCCGCAUGUGGUCAGUAACGCCACGGCCGAUAUGGCGAUGGGGCUGCUGCUGGCGUCCGCACGCAGGAUCCUAGAAGGUCAUCUCGCUUCUGUGGACCCAAACACGGUGCGAUUACCGCGCAAUCUUAUGGGCGUGGAGGUGACAGGAUCCACACUCGGCAUCAUUGGGAUGGGACACAUAGGACUAAAAAUCGCUCAAAGAGGAAGAGGAUUUGAUAUGAAGAUUUUGUACUAUAACAGAAAUAGAAGGUCAUGUGAAGACGAACAAACGGUCGGAGCAUUGUUCUGUGAAAACAUGGAGGAGCUGCUGAAACAGUCCGACUUUGUUGUGUUGGCGGUGAACCUGACCCCAGAGACCACAGGACUCAUCGGACUCAAAGAGCUCUCCUUCAUGAAGCCCACGGCCACUCUGGUCAACGUCAGCAGAGGCCCGGUUGUGGACCAAGAUGCCUUAGUCCAAGCGCUACAGAAGCGGACCAUACGUGCAGCAGCGUUGGACGUGACCUACCCUGAACCUUUACCGAGAGAUCACCCCCUCCUCCGUCUGCCCAACGUCAUCAUCACGCCGCAUGCUGGGACGGACACUAACACCACCACAGUGAAGAUGGUGCAGAUGAUGGUGGACAACGCCCUCGCCGCGUUAGGAGGCCGACACAUGCCCAGUGAAGUCAAGCCCUUGUGA